CUACGCUAAAAAUCGCCCAAACUUCUAGAAGUUUAACCUCAAAACGCGUGACGUGUCAGUUCCGUCCCUCGCUGAAUUUUGUUCUCUGCUCCGCUAUCGUCUCUGUCGUCACAAGUUCUGAACUUCAUCCGAAAAAUCUACAAUGAACGCACAAUUAUUCAGCAACCAAAGCAGUUCCGUCCUGCGGGGUUACGAAGAUCUGGUGGAAUGCCCGUACAACCGGGCGCACCAGAUAAUGCAAUUCCGGAUGCAGACGCAUCUGACCAAGUGCCGCAAAAACUACAAGGACCUUAAGUACGUGAAAUGCCCUUUCAACGAAACGCACGACAUUCCCCAGAAGGAGCUAGCGCUCCACGUAGAAAGUUGCGUUGAUCGCGAGUCUUUCGAUCGGUACAAGUUUUGUGUGGCUACAUCGGCGGCCACCAUUGUUCCGGAGGUCGCAUCAUCGGUGGACGAAGCACUGGACAACAAGAUAAUGGGCAAUCCAUCGGAAGAGCUAUGGGAUGAGGGACCCAUGGUCAGGGCCUACAACCCCCACGCCUAUGCAGCGCGUGCCAAUGUUAUCCGGAAAUGCACCGGAAUGGCUCCGUCGCAGAAGAAGGCCUUCAAGGAAGCCGAGCGCCAGCGUCUAACCGAGCUCAAGCGGCGCUGCGAGGUAAAAACUGAACAAACGUAAAUUCGUUAUGGGAACUUUUCGCAUUUUGUUAAGCGAUUAUGAUAGAUUUUUGGCCCGUUAACAGCAUAUCACAAGUUGGUAGAAUAUUUAGCACUUUCAGUUAUUCAUUACUAUUCAUUUUUUUGUUGUUGAUGGAUUUACAUAAUCCUAGCUUUUGUUCUUAAUUAUCCAAUUGAUAUGCAUAUUCGGUCUAUAAUGUGUUAGUUAGAUCUGAAGAAUUCAAAUGAUUGAAUUCAAUUAUUACUGAAUAAAACAAGCUGUUACAGAAUCUUGUUCUUCUUACAUUCUCUGCCUAAUAAACAAAUAUGGUAAUCAAACCAAUGACGGUA